CAACAAGUAUUUGCUGAUAAUUCUGUGUUUUUCUAUUUUCCUAGGCUUGUAUUAUGAAUCACCUAAACAUGGACAGCACUCAAUAUCUUCCUGUUCUAGCAUGUAUGGAAGGAAGUGAUGACCCAAUAGCUUCAGCUAAGGGAUGUGUUGCCGCGCUUAGUAGCUCACUAGAUUACAGUCUCGUCAAGAAAUGCGCAAAGGGUGCUGAAGGGAAUGGUUUAAUGCAUGAGUUCGGAUUAAAAACUGAAUCCUUGAACCCUCCUCAUAAUUAUGUUCCUUGGAUCGUAGUCAACGGUCAACACAAUCAAACUCUACAGAAUCAAGCUCUCACGGAUCUUACUGGACUUAUCUGCCAAACUUACCAGGUUAAAAACAUUUCUAAAAAAGGACCCUCAAACUAAUUUCAAAUGAAGGUAGAACGGUAAAGUUCUGUCUGGAUCAUGAACAAGGUAGAACGGUACCUUAUAACCCCUGUCUGGAUCAUGAACAAGGAAGAACGGUACCUUAUAAGUCC